AUGCCGUUCGGUCAGAUCGUGAUCGGCCCGCCAGGGUCGGGGAAGACCACGUACUGCAAUGGCAUGCAGCAGUUCAUGCAGCUUCUAGGAAGGAAGGUGGCAGUGGUCAACAUGGAUCCAGCCAAUGAUCGCCUGCCGUACGAGUGUGCAGUGAACGUGGAGGAACUCGUUCGCCUGGAGGACGUGAUGGGUCAGCACGGGCUGGGGCCCAACGGAGGUCUCGUGUACUGCAUGGACUACAUCGAUAAGAACUUCGACUGGCUGCAGAGCAAGCUGAAGCCGCUUGAAAAGGACCACUAUUUCCUCUUCGACUUCCCCGGGCAAGUGGAGCUCUUCACUCUACACGCCAGCGCUCAGAGCAUCAUCAAGCGCCUCACAGACAAGAUGCACUACAGACUAGCAGCCGUGCACCUGGUGGACGCGCAUCUGUGCAGCGAGGCACACAAGUACGUGGCGGCGCUGCUGCUGUCGCUGCAGGCGAUGUUACAUUUUGAGUUACCACAUGUCAACGUGCUCUCAAAGAUAGACCUCGUGGAGGCAUACGGGCCCCUGGCAUUCAACCUCGACUUUUACACGGACGUGCAGGACCUCUCGUUCCUGCAGGAGCAUCUCGAGAGCGAUCCUCGCAACAAGCGAUACGCCAAGCUGACAUCAGCAGUGUGUGAAGUGGUGGAUGAUUUCGGCCUCGUCUCGUUUGAAACACUUAACAUUCAGCAAGAGCAGCGAUUGGACGACGAGGAGGAAGCCAUUCGCCUCCUUACGCGAUUGGAACGGAGUCUAGACGCGGCUGCUGACGUGGCAGCUGUUGAAACAGCGGUCGCCGCUUUGCUGGCACCAAACGUACGCGCUGGAGCGUCGGUUGUAGCAUCGGCUGUAGUGGAUCGAGCGGCGCCAGUGCUUCCCCCUUCCGCCCGCCGCACCCUGCUCGACCCGCUCUUCCUCUCCGCCCCCCUCCCCUCCGCGCUAGACGCCCUCCUCCCGCUCCUCUCCGCCUCCCCCUCCGCCUCCCCUUCCGCCUACACUGCUUCCGCGGACGAGGAGUUGCUUGGGGGGGGAGAUGGGGAGAGAGGGAUGGGGAAAGAUGGUGCGGAGGGUAGUGAGGGGAAGGGUGUUGGCGAUGGUGGUGGUGGCGCUGCUGUUGCGGCCCAAGCUUUCCGAUACGCUCCUCCCUCCCUCCCUCCUUCCCUUCCCUCCCCCCUUCCCCCCUCCCUCCCUCCCUCCUUCCCUUCCCUCCCCCCUUCCCCCCUCCCUCCCUCCCUCCUUCGCCCACCUUUGAGACGUCUCAAAAGUUCUGAGACGUCUCAAAACUCCCUCCCUCCCUCCUUCGCCCGCCUUUGCAUCGAAGCUUCUCCUUCGCUAACAGAUUCAUUUGAGAUCUCCAAGAAUGGGCCCCUCUUCCCUGCCUCUUUUCCCGCCAACCCAUGCAUCCAGGCUGCUCCUUGCAAUCUUCGUGCUCCCCUUCCCCUCCUACUCACUUUCCUUCCCACUGCCCUCCGUGCGUGUGCUUCCCCACCCGCCCAUCCCCCCCUCACGUUUUCAACGGUGGCAUCCGAGCUCGUCCACACAAUCAUCCGACAGCUGGCACACACCACGUCAGCACCGACACACAACAGUACCACUACCAACAGAAGCUCCUCCUUCCCGCAACUCUCCUCCCUCUACUCCACCAUCAUCGCCUCUCUCGCUGCUGCUGACCCCUUCCCCCUCCACCAGCUCACAGAGGCUCUACUCUCCCACCUCGCUGCCCUCGCUGCUGCUCUUGCCACCGCUCCUCCCACUGCCAGCAGCACCGCCAGUACCACUACCACCAGCACGAGUAGCAGCAGUGUCCCAGGGACUGUGUUGCAGCUGCUGUUUCGGGGGGUGCUGGCUCAGCAGCACCCUCAAGCAGUGUACCUUUUCACGUCACACCUCCUCACUCGCUCCCUCCUUCCCCUCCCCUGCCUGCCUUGGAUUGUCACCCUUCUCUCUUCCUCCUCCUCACCCUCUGCUGACGAAUCCUCCGCACCCGAGCCAAUGGGGUUGUGCCACGUGGCACUUGAACAUGUGUUGCGCAUGUGGAGCUCAGCGGCUCUCGUCCAGUCAUCUUCCAUGGAAAAGCAAAUCUAUGUGACAGCCGCAGCAGGUUUCCUCCUCUCCCUCCCCUGCCACCAAAACCCACAAGCACUGUCCUCAUCUGCGCCCAUUCGCCUGCACCCAUCGCUGCUCACAAUGCUUCUUAAGGGCGUCUCCAUGCGCCUGGAGAGCCCCCUCCCUCUGGUGCGCCUGAUGGGGCAGCGCCUUGCCUUCGCCUUCUCAGUGGCUGUUCACCCUGAUCGUCCCCCCAUGCUGUUUGGGGAGUUUGCAUAUGAGCGAGGGAUAGUCUCUGGGGGGGAGGAGGGGAAGCGAGUCGGCAGAGGGGGGAGUGGGGUGAGUGAGGGGAGUGCAGCUGCUGUUGAGUCGACUCACGAGGCGGCUAUUGCUGCUGCUCUUGAUUUUGCAACGGGAUGGGACGUUGGGGGGGUGACGGGGCAGUUGUGUAGGGAGGAGAAGAGGGGAGGGGAAGGGGCGAAGGGGGCCGGUGGGGAUGGUGGGGAAGAUGAGAAUCAGGACGUGGAGAAGCGAGGAGAGGAGGGGGAGUUGGGCAAGGAGGACAGGGAGGAGGAUGAUGAGAGUGAGGGAGGGAGCGAAGAAGGGAGUGAGGAGGAGAGUGAGGAAGAGUGGAGUGAGGAGGAGUGGGAUGAGGAGGAAGAGGAGAGCGAGGAGGAAUUAGACGAGGAAGAGGAGGAUGCAGGGGGCAUGGGCAUGGGAGUGGGCGUGGGAGUGGGAGUGGGUAUGAGUGGGGAGGGGGGUGGAUUGCUGGCACCCAUGCAGCUGCGCUACUGUGCAGCAGACCUGAGGAAGGGGGAUGAUGUCAGUGCGAUGGAGCGGGCGCUUUUCUCCCUUGAGCCAAUGAUCCGCUGCCAACCGGACGAGCUGGAUGACGUGGCAGCUGAGCUGGCACGCUCCCUUAUCCACAUGCAGUGCCAGUUCCUCUUGGUUGGGGAAGAACCGGAGGGGGAGGAAGGUGGGGAGGAGGGCGAGGAGGAGAGUGGGAGCGAGAGAGGUGAGGAUGGGGAAGAAGGUGAGGUGGCGGAGUGUGAGGUGGAAGAAUGGAGCUCUCUCAGUAACAAGGAGAAGGGCAGCAGGGGAGAAAAAGGAGCUGCGCAAAGGGAAGGAGGCAGCGUGCGAGGUGGAGAAGGAAGGGGCGGAGGGCAGGGCGCAGUGGGAGCGGAGGAGAAGAGGAGAGCAACGCUGGUGGCUCUGGUUGUCUUUUCCCCCGUGGCAUCUCUGGAGGUGCUUCUGGGGGAGGUGUUUUCUGCCCACGUGGACCUGAGUCAGCGCCUACUCAUCCUGGACGUCCUCGAAGCAGCUGCUAUCGAACUCGCCUCUUACUCCUCCUCUUCUGCCUCCCCUUCCUCCUCUUCUUCCUCUGCUGCUGCCACACUCGCUCAACCACUCUCUUCCUCCUCGCUUUCCUCCUCUCGUUCACACACUCCCUUGAUAGUGGAGAUUCACACUGGGCCGACACCUUGGGAUCAUCCCGCACACUCCCUCUCCCCUUCCCCUCCCGGUGCUGGUAAAUGGGUUCAGCUGCCCGGGAUUCUGCCGGGAGAUCUCGGGCAGCCCGAGAUGGCGAAGGCAAUGUUAGCAGCAGCAGAUGGAAGAGGGUUCGGUCUGACUGGGCUCGCGGGCAGCUGGACAAAAAGUUUCACAAGAGACCUGCCCCGGCGCCCUGGUGACCGCAUCCUCGGGCAGGAGAAACGAACCUCUAAAACAAUCGAAUCCGCAAGAGAGAACCUUCUCGGAAGCAGCGGUCAGAACAAGCAGCUGCACAGUCAGCGUGAUAUGUCCACGUGUACAGCGCCACGUGUGCGAUUCGCUGACGUGGCGGCGGGGUUCAUGCUGCCGCUGAUGAGAGCGUACGACAGGCAGAGCCACGGGGUGGACUGGGUGGGGCGGGACUUCGUUGUUCUCGCGCGCGUGCUGCUGCUUCUCGGGAAGUGCCUGCGCCUCCUCGCCCCUUCACCUGCUCUGCUCCCCCUCGCCGCUGCUCUUCUCGAAUUCCUCAACGCAAGUCCCAUCGCCCAGCAUCCAGAGCCCUACGUGCAGCGCUGUGCCAUCUUCGCUGCAGCCUCACUGCUCCUCUCGCUGCCCCCUGCUGCCGUCGCAGCUGAAGGCCUCCUACUCUCCUCUGCUGUCUCUGCUACCGGAAGCACCACAGCUGCCGGUGCUGGGGGUGGUGCGGGGGGUGCAGCCGUGGGUCUGUCAGGAAUGCUGCGGGUGAUGGCAGUAUGGUUGGGGAGGCUUGCAGAGGAGAGCGGGGACGAGCAGACCAAAGCGGUGAGUGCUGAAAUGAAAGUGGUGCUGCAGGUGGUGCCGGUGGUGCUGGGGGUGCAGGGGUGGGGCUACAUUCGCCGGAUGAACGACAUCCGGCGGAUGAACGCCGAGACGUUCGCCCCCCACUUACAAGAGCAGGUGCAGCAGCAGGAGCAGGCUAAGCAGGAGGUGCAAGCAAGGGAGAAGCAGUAG